AAAAAUAAACAACCGAAAUUGAAACAAAACAAACAAACGAAACAUAUGGUUUUCUUUUUUUUGCAUAUAUAUGAAUGGGGUAAGUUUUAUGGAUUUCAUUUUGCAGAAAAAAAACCUUGCAUCAACAUCGUAUCGUAAUUUGACUUUUUAAUCAUCAAUGAUCAUCAUCAUAAUCCGAGGGAUUUAUUUUCUACCAUUUUGAAAAACCAUUAAUCAACAAACAAACAAAAAAAACUCCUCCAAAUAUUCAAGGGAAAAAAACGUUGAAUUUUCUUUCUACCAUUUAUGGUAAUGAGUGUGUGUCUGAUUCUGAUCUCUCUCGCUAUACAGUUCUGCUACAGUUUUUUCGAAAUCGAUGGAUGGUUAAUUCGAUUCGCCAUAGAAAACAAAAAUAAAACCAAUCCCAUUAUGUGACCUGUGUGUGUGUGUGCAUCGAUCAUCAUAUCAUUAUCGUGAUUAUAGAAUGACCACCAAUGGUCAACGAAAAACCAAACACCACAAAGAUCAAACCACAUUAAAUGAAUAAGCAAAACGAAUUGAUAAAUUAUAGCCUCGUGGUGGUUGUUUUUUCAUUAAGCUAAGCUUGGCUUUGAACAACGAAUAAAAACGUACAAACGAUAAAAACAAAACGACGACCACCAACGUGUUCUCUCGUCGCUUUUCACAAACGGUCAUUUUUUUCUCAUUCAGAAAAAAAUUUAUGUUUGUCCAUCCAAUGUCCUUGGCAAUCGUCAUCAUCAUCACCGAUUUCUUAGAAAUGAAUUUCUAUGACUAAAAAAACCAAGACUUUUGUUCUCGUUUGAGAUGAACAAAUUUUAACAGAACAUUUUGUUGUCAACAACAACGAAAACAACAUCAUUAUUCAUCAUUCAUCAGAAAAAAAUUCGGGUCAUUCGAAAAUUCUUCGUCGUAGUCGUCGACAACAAAAAAAAAACUUUCAGCUUGAUGAACUACAACAACCGUUACACGUGCGCACGCGACACUAUUUUUCAUUUUCAAUUUUCUGUUCAAACAUCACUAUUGUAGAUGUAUAUUAUAUGUGCAUCAUCACAUCCUCAUCAUCAUCGAUUCUCAUACGACGACAUAAAUUUUGGCCGCAUUUUCAAUUUGACAUUUUGCCAUUGAUGUGUUUGUGUGUAUGUGCUAUGCACUUGCCAGAUGCUAAAUGAUAUGUACUGUGUGUACGAUAAAUGAAUAUUUUUCGAGAUCUACUUUUUUUAUUGCGAUCGAUCGAUGAUCCAUUGAUUUUUGUUAUCGACAAAAAAAACAAACCGUAUCCGAUUUCUUAUGAUUUCAACGAUUAUUUCUUGGUGUAAUUGGUUGUUUAUCUGCUGAUUAAUUUCUGAAAAGUGAAACCCUUUUCUCCAAAGAUAAUUUUCAUCGAAUACAACAAACUAGUGGUGGAUGUUGAUGAAAACCACUUGUGAAUCGUCUGUGGAUAGUUAGCCACCCACGCAUUAAACUUUUUUAUUAUUAUUUCUUCUUUUCGUGGUUGCUGUUUGAUCUCAAUUAAAUUUUGAUUUUUACAAUCAUUUGAUCUCUUGAAUGAAAAUGACGGAAACUAAUCGACAACAAAAACAACAUUCAUCAUCAACACCACCGUCGUCGUCUUCGUCAUCAUUGAAACGACAAAUAUCUCAACAACAUAAACAUAAACAACAACAACCUAGACAGCCAAAGCAAUCAUCACCUACGUUACCGAUUGCACCAUCAUCUUUAUUGGCAAAUCAAAGUGAAAAUAUUCCGGCACCAGAAUGUUGUUGUUUCUCGGCACGUUUUGUUAAUCUUGUUUUGUUUUUAUUCAAUUUUAUCUUCCUAUUAAGUGGAAUUUGUAUCCUAUUGUUGACGGUCAUAUAUGGGCGGCCAGAAGUUAGCCGUUAUUUGGGUGAGACGACAAAAUAUCUAAAUAACAUUAUCAAUCUAUUGGGCAAUGGUCACCUGGUGCAGAUUAUUCAUUAUUCAAUGUUAUUCUGCGGAAUUGUCAUCAUUGUGAUUUCAUUGAUGAAUAUUUGUUUCUCAACAGCCACUAGUUGGUCAAAAAGUUCAGAUUAUUAUUAUUAUCGUCGCGGUCGUGGUCAUCUUAACGGACAACAGAUGAUUGUAAAUGAAAAUGAAUCCUUAUUAUUUCGAUAUAGUGAUUGGAGUCGAAAUAGUCCACAACAAAAACAACAACCACAACAACAACAACCACAAUCAUCAUUUCGAUCCACUUCAUUAUCAUCAACAACAGCGACACCAUCGAAAUCAGCUUAUUUAAAUGAAUCAAUAAUUUUAGAUGAUUGUUCAGAUAUCGAUAUAUCGAUGAUGAAUGACCAUCACCACAAUCGAUAUGUAUCAUCAACACCAAGUCAUCAAAAUAAUUCAUCAUUAUUAUUGAUUGAUCGAAAAUAUUCAAAUCGAUUAUUACAUAAUAAUAAUAAUAAUCAUCAUCAUCAUCAUCAAUGUCGAUUGUUCCAGGAUCAACAAAAACAUUCAUCGUGGUCACAUUUUGCCAAUUCAACCAUCGUACUUUGUAUCUAUAUUUUCAUCUUAUUAUUUCUAUUUACCGUACAAUUGGUUAUCGGGUUAUUGGCGAUAAUAACCGUUAGUCCGGAUCAUGUAUUUUUAUCGACGAAUUCAGCUCGAAAUAAUAAUGACGAUUUUCUUAUUUCUGUACGUGAUUCUGUCGAUAUAGCCGAUUUACUAGUCAAUCAUUCGGAAGAAAUUGAAUCACUAUAUCAUGAAUUUCAAUGUUGUGGUUGGAAUUAUUAUGAUGAUUAUGAAUAUUUAAGAAUUAUCAACAACGAUGAUGAUGAAAAUCAAUCAAUAAUUAUCGAUCAAUAUCGUAAUAAAACAAUACCAGUGCCAGAUUCAUGUUGCAAAACAUUUGUGGAAAAUUGUGGCCAUCGGAAACAUCCAAAUAAUAUUUAUUAUGAUGGUUGUUGGUCCAAAUUUGGCGCCGAAAUGCGUGAUUAUGUAUUAAUGCUUGGCUGGACUGCAUUAGGUUUCGCUAUAAUUGAAUUAAUUGGCAUUAUGUUUGCUGUUUGUCAUUAUGUACAGAUUAUGUCAAAAAGUUGAUUGUACUGCAUUCAAUUUUGAUUUAAAUUCAUUGCCAAAAUUCAAAGACGAUGAUAUCAUUGUCAUUGCCACCAUAAUUGAUGAUGAUAACCAUCAAGCAUCGACAAACUUCUGGUUCGUUGAACCAGAAAACAAAACAAAACAAAAA